AUCAAAAGCAGUCAUGAAGUUAUUCGUCUUAUCAAUGGUGGUGAUGAUGGUGGUUUGUGUUCAUGCUCAACAGGAAAGCGGUGGUCCUUUCUGUCCGAAAUGCACCGAGCUAUAUUCUGACGACCCAGCCUUCCCAUUGCCCGUCCCGGUUGGAAACACUUGUUCUCUAAACCCUGAAAUAGAGCAGUGUGAUGUAGGUGACAGAUGUGAGCUGGUGGAGAUUGCAACGAGCUUUAUUCGUGACGCUGAUUUACUUACCCUGACGCUGUCGUCUUUCGGUUGCGAACAACAUUCCGAGUUUUCGAUGCCGAUUCCGGACACCGGCUGCACGUUAGAAGGGGUAGAAUCUUCCGACCCCGGCAUUGAUCCUGUCAAUGUUCCUAAUUUUCCUGAGCUGACGAUCAGUUCCCAGGUACGCGUGACCUGCCUCUGUGACACACCCAACUAUUGUGCCUCAGCUCCUGCUGGAGAAGGUAAUAAGGAGGAGGGGAAGUGUAGUCCAGAAUUUGCAAGCAAAGAUGACAUGAUUUCCGAACGUAUACGACAGAUGACAUGA